UACGUCGAAUUGGCUCGCUUGUUGAAAAAGAAAUCCGACAUAAACUUGGUUAUCGUAUUCACACGCGGACACCGUCCUUUCCCUCCUUCCACCAAAGCGAAGCACGCCGCGUGCGUACCUCGGAGGAAUCCUUCGCAUCCUCCACCUCAUCGAUUCUGCUGGACUGGGGUGGAGCUGAGAUCCAUCCGGACUUGGAUUGGUUUCUUCUUUUGCUGGUUUCUCAUUUUUGUGUCCCGGCCAAGCCCAGGACAUUUCUUGAGGCAGCAGCAUGCCUAAGAUAAAGACAAGCCGUGUUGUAUAUCCUGAAGGAUGGGAGCUUAUUGAACCAACAAUCCGUGAGCUGGAUGCCAAAAUGAGAGAAGCUGAAAAUGAUCCACAUGAUGGGAAGAGAAAGUGCGAAGCUCUCUGGCCAAUUUUCCGUAUUUCUCAUCAAAGAAGCCGCUACAUAUACGACCUUUACUACAGAAGGAAGGAGAUAUCAAAGGACCUCUAUGAAUUUUGCCUGGACCAGGGUUACGCAGACCGUAAUCUGAUUGCAAAGUGGAAAAAGCUCGGUUAUGAGCGCCUUUGCUGCCUUCGGUGCAUACAGACACGGGACCACAAUUUUGCAACUACUUGUGUCUGCCGGGUCCCCAAGCACCUCAGGGAGGAGCAAGUUAUAGAAUGUGUCCAUUGCGGCUGCAAGGGAUGCGCCAGCGGUGACUAAUCUUGUCAUUAUGUUGUUGGGCUCAUGACUCAUUCAUCACAACCUAACCACUUUGAGAUGUCUCGUGAGCAUGGCCCUGAGAAGUCAAACGCUACCUAUAUAUUUCCUGACGUUGGUGUUCCCAACUGUUAUGUCGUUAACUAUGUACUGUAAUGAUUUAUCAUGCAACUCAUGCCCAUACUGAUUUACUAAAACUCCUGCGCUCCGGUAUCAGAUGAAUUGACGAGUGGUUUCGCAUUUUUCCA